AUGGGAGCCUCCGUUGACAAGGCAUCUUCACCCCGGAUGCUUUUUGUUCUGUUGCUGUGCAUCAUCGGCGCUCUCUCUCAAGAGGAAUAUUCCGGAAACCACUCAGGUGAGGAUCAGACCUUCGAGGGCUCCAUCCCGGACCGCUACGACCACUUGAGGCCGCCGCAGCCAGAGUCUUCUAAUGGUUACGACGAGGAGGAUGAGUACGACCCGUACGGGCCCGCCCCCACCCAAGUCACUAUGAUCACCGAGGACGCCUUCCCCUACGUCACCGCCACCGAGUCGCACUACGCCAAGGAGGACAAGCCAGAAUUACAAGUCCCCAUCAAGCACCAGGGACCGGAUACGGGUUCGUCGGAGGAGUCUGGCGGCGACGCGGCCCUCGGCGAGGAGGGCCCCACCGAGUGCGACUGCGAACCCGGCGAGCCAGGAUUUGCCGGUUUUGCCGGACCGAAGGGCUUGCGAGGCCUUCCCGGUAAACAUGGUGCACCGGGACACCAAGGCAGAGAGGGUUAUAAAGGAACUAAAGGAGUUCAGGGACGAAGAGGAGAUCCCGGACCAGUGGGUGAUCCUGGACCAGAAGGUGAAGAUGGAGGUUCAGGUUUCUCUGGAGGAAUGGGAGAACCAGGACUUAUGGGAUCACGCGGUGAGCCCGGAGUGCCGGGUCUGAAGGGCGACUUCGGCAUGGAGGGACCGCGUGGAGGAGUCGGGCUGCCCGGUAACACUGGUUCUCGCGGAGACGCGGGCACCCCAGGAUCAAGGGGAGGUAAAGGUCCCAAGGGAUCUGUGGGCGAAGAAGGCAAAGUUGGAGUUCAAGGACCUGAAGGACGCAAGGGUCAAACUGGAGCACCCGGAUUUUCAGGAGAUGUUGGCGAAAGAGGCUACACAGGUUAUCCAGGCCAGACUGGAGGUCACGGACCAGUUGGACCGAAGGGCUCCAAAGGUAUCGGUGGCAUACCAGGCAGUGAUGGUGACCCUGGAGAAGAUGGUCCAAUAGGUGUCCCGGGGCUGAUGGGAGAGCCGGGUUCCUUCGGGGCUAAGGGCAGCAAAGGCGACCGUGGCGUGAGAGGGCCUCGAGGCCGAGUGGGCGCUGUGGGCCCCAGUGGAGAGCCAGGAGAUGCUGGCAUACAUGGAAAGCUAGGACCAAAAGGUCUGCAGGGACCAAUUGGACCCAAAGGCGAAACUGGACCGGACGGCGAAUUGGGUACAAAGGGAAGGAAGGGACAGAAGGGUCAAAAAGGACAAAAGGAAGCAACUGGCGAUCGUGGAGAUAAAGGACAGCGUGGUCCAAAAGGCGGGGUCGGUCGGCCGGGAGAAUCUGGCCCCGAGGGUCCUCCCGGCCUUCCGGGGCCCCGAGGGGCUCGCGGCCCUCUCGGAGACCCGGGGGUCAAAGGUCAAGCUGGGCCCAGAGGAGUUCAAGGUCCCAUGGGUCCCGGGCUGUCGGACGAACAGGUGCUGCAGUUGUGUCGCAGCGUCGUCACUGCUCAGCUGUCGCAGUACGCCUCCUCCAUUAGGAGUAAAUGCUUGCAAGGCUGCCCAGUCAACAACCGCACGCUCAUCGGACCCCCUGGAGCCAAAGGACCCCUGGGACCGCCCGGAAAAUCUGGCAAAGCGGGAAAAGCCGGAUCCAAGGGAGCCCGUGGUGUUCAGGGCGAUCGAGGCCUGGAAGGAGAAAAGGGAGCGCAGGGUGAACGAGGCAAAAAAGGUCCAAAAGGAAUAACAGGCGAUCAAGGAACAGGUUUCCCGGGACUUGAUGGACCACAAGGGGUCCCUGGAUUCCCGGGCGAGCCCGGCGUUGCCAAAAACGGCAUGGAAGGUCCGCGCGGCCCACGCGGGUUCCCGGGUCCGGUGGGCAUCACCGGAAUGCUGGGAAUCGCCGGCGUUCCGGGUUUCUGCGAGGCCCGGGAUUGCAGCAUUCACGCUCCGGUCAUGCGAAAAGAGCAGGGUCUUGUCAAGGGUCCCCACAGCUCCUAA